CGUAUUUGACAGUGACACGUUAAAUCUGUCAAAAUGACUGCCACUGACACUUGUUGGCUAAGAUAAUCCUCAAAAAUGAUAAACAAACUGGGAUUGUGAUUAUAUUGGUUAGCAACAAUUAGCUGCAGCAUGGCGGUGUACGCGGCGCACUUGACGAGGACCCUGCAGGGCACGCCGACCGUGUUCCAAGUCACCGCGCAGGAGGCCCUCGGCGCCACCGUCAAACCGGCGCUACGGAAAGUUGCUGAGUACCUAGCAGCAGUGUACCCCAACAAGUGUGGAUGGUGCGUGCGCUGGUAUGAUGAGGUGUUCCUGCUGUUUGACUCCUGUCUGCAAUACUACUACCUCAAACAUUAUGCUGCAUCAUUCUCGGAAAGUUUCUACGACCUGAUCCGAGUGCCGACAUCUUCAUCGAAUGAGUUCAGCAGUGGGCAGCAGCUGCCGGUGUACCUGGAGCGAGCCUCGCUGGCGCUGCUGGUGCUGCUGCCCUAUCUAAAGGACAAGCUUGAGGCUGUGGUGGAACACUGGAGAGAGGAUGACGAGGAUGGACGGUUGGGGAAGUCGACACAGGACCGUCUCCGCCGCGCCGCUACCCGCGUGUACCUGGCGGCGCAGUCGGCGUGGUGCUGCUGGCGGCUGGUGCAGCUGGCGCGGUACACGCGCGGGCGCAGCGCGGCGCAGUCGCCGGCGCUGUGGGCGCUGGGCGUGGCGCUGCGCCCCGCGCCGCCGCGGCAGCCCUCGGAGCACACGUGGGGGGAUCUGCUGACCAGUGUCGCUACUGGAGAUAUUGGUUCGGCAGCGGAGUGCCUGCCGCUCGUAGGCGGCGCGAUGCUGCGGGCGGUGGAGUACGGCGCGUUCGGCGUGCAGUUCCUGCGCUGGUGGCAGGCCGCCGCCGCGCCGCAGCAGGCCUUACCCGUGCCGCCGCCGCCUAAGCGGGACGAGCGUUCCGUGCGGUUCCGUAACAAGUGCCCCGUGUGCCUACAGACGUGGAAGAUACCCACCGUGCUGCCCGUGUCCGGCUACAUAUUCUGCUACUCGUGUAUAUCGAAACACCUGCGCAGUCACUCCGCCUGUCCUCUCACGCGCCUGCCAGCCGCAGAGACAGACCUAGUACGGCUAUACCUCGACUAGUCACCACUACAGGAAGAAAGAAUAAUAGUGUAAUAUCUGUGUUAUUACAGUGAUUAACUAGUCAUACUAUGAUGAUGAGGCAAAAAUGUCAAUUUAAAUAUUCCAUCACAGUCCAUGUGUGUGUUCACCGGCCAGUAUGCUAAGUUUUAUUUCGGAACACACUUAAUAAUUAUGUAUUGUAUAACAAGCAUUGAUGAUGAUGAUGUCCUCCUAGCCAAUUAUCGGCUACGGCGGCUGGUCUCAUGUAAGGAGAUCAGCCAGCUGCGCAGGACAUAUUAUAGUGCACGAGCAUUUGCGCAGACACAGGUGCACUCACUAUUCCUUCACUCUCAUAGCGCGAUUAGGACAUGUCAGACUAAUAAAGCUAAUUCCAAUUGUAAGAUUCAGUAGUUGUGCAUAGUGUUGACAAUGAUCUAUUGUUUAUAGACUGAAUUAUGUAAAUAUUAAGAAGACAUUUAUUAUUUAUAUGAAGUAAAUACAUAUAAUAAUACGUGUAUUGAAUGCCAGGUAGGUACUUAGGGAGUGAAAGAAAAAAGGUUCGUGUCAAUUUGGUGUAGGUUUGGCAAACAAAAUAUUUGGUUUACCAGGGAAGUGGGUUUUGAAACUAUUUAUAGUAUUAAGUUUUCAGAAAUAAGGUGCAAUAUUACUGUGUAAGAUAAGUAAUGUUAAUGUACGAUACUAUUGUUAUAUAUUUGCAUAUAAGAAAUUAAAUUAUUAUAUUUUUAAAUAAAACACAAGAAAUA